ACUUCAAAACCUGUUGGGACUACCUCAGGACAAACCAUUGUGACUUCAAAACCUGUCAGAACUGUAUCAACACAAACAGUUACAACUAAAGAAUCACCCAGGAAAAUCUCUACAACUUGCAAUGUAUCUUCAUCUUUUGGAAGAUAUUCAGCAACCCCAGGCAGAGCUAUACUACCUACCACACCUGUAUCAACCGUCAGAUUUGCUGAACCAACUGCAAAAACCUCACCACCUCUUAAAAAAGAUGUGAGAGCCAGAGCUGAACCACCUAGUGCAAAAGCUAUACCACCAGUUACUACAAAAGCUACACCACCACCUAAAGCAGCUUCAGCACCCUCAAGUAAUUUGAGAGAAUGUUCAAAAACAGAGGCAAAAAGUGGCACUGGAGAAACAAGAAAAACUACCCCAAAACAGGAUAUUUAUUUGAGAAUUCAAGUAGUCCCACCACAAAUUAGCCAAAGUGGUCCUAAAUACCAGCAUAAAAGAGAUUUAAGUGGCCCUGAGGAGAACUAUGAAAAGGGACAAAAACCAAAGCCUGAAGUGAAAGUUGAAAAGCUUCCUGAGAAAACUCUGAGUAAAGAAGGGAAGAGAGUAAAAGAUGAAAAAAGAAAAGGUAUCAGGGAGGUUAUGGACAAGGAAAAUAAAAUAGAAAAGGGCCAGUCAAAGAAAGGACAUAGUAUAAAAGAUGAAGGUGAAACUUGGGAACGAAGGGUGAAUGUGAAAAAGAAGGGAGACGAGGACACAGAUAAUAAAGACAAGAAGGGAGAUGAAGACAGGGAGGACCAGGACAAGAAAGAAGAUGAAGAUAGCAACAAGAACAAAGACAAGGUGGAAGAUGAGGAUAAGACAAAGAACAAGGACAUGAAGGGAGAUGAAGAUAAGAUAAAAGUCAAGGAUAUAAAGGAAGAUGAGGACAAGACAGAAAACAAGGACAUGAAGGGAGAUGAGGACAAGACAGAGGACAGGGACACGAAGGGAGAUGAGGACAAGACAGAGGACAGGGACAUGAAAGGAGAUGAGGACAAGACAGAGGACAAGGACAUGAAGGGAGAUGAGGAAAAGACAAAGGACAAGGACAUGAAGGGAGAUGAGGACAAGACAGAGGACAGGGACACGAAGGGAGAUGAGGACAAGACAGAGAACAGGGACAUGAAAGGAGAUGAGGACAAGACAGAGGACAAGGACAUGAAGGGAGAUGAGGAAAAGACAGAGGACAAAGACAAGAAGGGAGAUGAGGACAAGACAGAGGACAGGGACAUGAAAGGAGAUGAGGACAAGACAGAGGACAAGGACAGGAAGGGAGAUGAGGACAAGACAGUGGACAAGGACAUGAAGGGAGAUGAAGACAAGAUAGAAGUCAAGGAUGUAAAGGGAGAUGAGGAAAAGAUAGAGUACAAGGACAUGCAAGGAGAUAAGAACAAAACAGAUGACAGGAACAUGAAAGGAGAUGAGGACAAGACAGAGGACAAGGACAGGAAGGGAGAUGAGGACAAGACAGUGGACAAGGACAUGAAGGGAGAUGAAGACAAGAUAGAAGUCAAGGAUGUAAAGGGAGAUGAGGAAAAGAUAGAGGACAAGGACAUGCAAGGAGAUAAGGACAAAACAGAUGACAGGAACAUGAAAGGAGAUGAGGACAAGACAGAGGACAAGGACGUGAAGGGAGAUGAAGACAAGAUAAAAGUCAAGGAUAUAAAGGGAGAUGAGGACAAGGACAUGAAGGGAGCUGAGAACAAGGCAGAAGACAAGGACAUGAAGGGAGAUGAGAAUAAGACAGAGGACAAAGAUACAAAGGGAUUUGAGGACAAGAUAAAAGACAAGGACAUAAAGAGAGAUGAGGACAAAAAGAGCAAGAAUAUCAAAGGAGAUUCUAUGAAAAAAAGAGAUAAAAUAAAAAUGAGCAAAGAGGACAAGGAUAUAAACCAAAGAAAAAGUUCCAGGCAGAAAAAGGACAGUAAAAAGUCACACUGAUGAAAAACAGCACCAGAUUUUAUAAACUAACAAACAGAAUUGAGUAAUUUCACUCCAACACUAUCAACUUCAAAACUAGCUUCCAGUCUUUUACAGUAUCAAUUAAAAUGAUAGAUUCCUCACAUUUCUUUAGCCACAAAAUUUCUGCUUCUUUGCUUGCAACCUGGCAAAAAAUCCUUCAUAAAUUUCAUCUUCUUAGAUCUCUCAAUUUCAAACUUCAGCUUCCAAAUGUAAAUUUUUCAAAAUGUAAGUCCAUUAUGUAUAAUUGUCAACAAAACACAAUUUUUCUGAAAUAAAACCCUGAUAAAGAAAUGUCAAGCUCUUUUUCUCAACUAAGUAUGGUAUUUCCUUACUUAGGUACUUAGGUAUUACUUCCUUAUUUAGGUAUUGCCUAAAACUGUUUAGUCUCUACUAAAUGCAACAUCCACAGAGGAAUGCAAGAAUAUCUCAUCAAAAUAUAAAUAUGAGAAUAAUAAAACAAUAUUAAAAGACAAAUAUCAAAACAUGAUUCAGAAAGUCAAAUACAACAGGAAA